GGAGGUGGCGCGAAUACUAGCGGACGAGUGCGCACGGAGGGUAGUGGUGGUGGAUACGAGCAACGAGAUCGCAGGCGAUGGGGACAUUGCCCAUGCCGCCAUUGGAUCAGCACGGCGCAUGCAAGUGCCGCAUGUGGAGCUGCAGCACCAGGUGGGUGAUGGAGACAUCACCCAUGCUGCCAUCCGCUCUCGGUGCUGCAAGUGCCGCAUGUGGAGCUGCAGCACCACCAAAUGGGCUGGGCGGCAACACCAGGUGGACGGUGGACUGGGCGGCAGCAUUAGAUGGUUGAGGGGGUGGCACGGCAGCACCCAGGCGCGUGAGUGUGUGUGGCAGCAGGGUUGGUGGAGAACCAACCACGUGCCACGUGCUCUGCUCUUUUCUCUCUGCGACAACCCCCCCUCACGCCUCACCUUUCCCCCCACCAACCCCCUCCCUGCAUCAGGUGAUGAUAGAGGCGGUGGAGAAUCACAUCACAUGCCACAGGUGGUGAUUUUUAAUGAGAUCAGGCCGGAGCUGGGAAAGUGUCUGUGCGGUGAAUCACUUGUGUGCCCACAUCCCUCCAACUUUUGCCUCCCACCCCACCCCCUCUUACCCUGCACCCCCGUUGUACACCAGGUGAUGAUAGAGGCGGUGGAGAAUCACAUGCCACAGGUGGUGAUAAUCGAUGAGAUCGGGUCGGAGCUGGAGGCGGCAGCAGCGGCCACGAUAGCGCAGCGGGGCGUGCAGCUCAUUGCCACGGCUCAUGGUCGCUCUGUGGAGAACCUGGUCAAGAACCCGCACCUGCACACACUGGCAGGGGGCGUGCAGGUGGGUGCAGAGGGGUGCAGGUGGGUGCAGAGGGGUGCAGGUGGAGAACCGGCACCUGCCCUAGCUGACAGGGGGCGUGUGGGUGGGUGGAGAGGGGUGCAAGUAGUGCAACAGAGGUCCUUCUCUCACUCCCUCACCUACACUCCCCCUCCCGAUCCUUUCCCUCUCUCCUGCGUGCAGACAGUGACGCUGGGAGACGAGGAGGCGAGGAGGAGGGGAGUGCAGAAGAGUGUGAUGGAGAGGGGAGGGCCCGCCCGUGUUCCAAGCGGCUGUGGAGAUGCACUCCCGGGGGCGAUGGUCUGUGCACCGCAACCUUGCUGCCACUGUGGAUGCGCUGCUCUCAGGCAAGGCACCGCAGGUGGAGGUACGGGAGAUGGGGCAGCACGGGGAGCUUCAGCAUCAGCAUCAGCAUAUCAGCAUCAGCAUCAGCAUCAGCAUCAGCGCAUCAGCAUCACGCAUCAGCAGCAGCAGCAGCAGCAGCAGCAGCAGCAGCAGCAGCAGCAGCAGCAGCAGCAGCAGCAGCAGCAGCAGCAGCAGCAGCAGCAAGCAGCAGCAGCAGCAGCAGCAGCAGCAGCAGCAGCAGCAGCAGCAGCAGCAGCAGCAGCAGCAGCAGCAGCAGCAGCAGCAGCAGCAGCAGCAGCAGCAGCAGCAGCAGCAGCAGCAGCAGCAGCAGCAGCAGCAGCAGCAGCAGCAGCAGCAGCAGCAGCAGCAGCAGCAGCAGCAGCAGCAGCAGCAGCAGCAGCAGCAGCAGCAGCAGCAGCAGCAGCAGCAGCAGCAGCAGCAGCAGCAGCAGCAGCAGCAGCAGCAGCAGCAGCAGCAGCAGCAGCAGCAGCAGCAGCAGCAGCAGCAGCAGCAGCAGCAGCAGCAGCAGCAGCAGCAGCAGCAGCAGCAGCAGCAGCAGCAGCAGCAGCAGCAUCAGCAUCAGCAUCAGCAUCAGCAUCAGCAUCAGCAGCAGCAUCAGCAUCCAGCAUCAGCAUCAGCGCAUCAGCAUCAGCAUCAGCGUCAGCAUCAGCAUCAGCAUCAGCAUCAGCGCAUUAG